UUGUCGGCAAAGAGCUGUUCAAAAAAAAAAAAAAGGCAGAGACUGAACUGGAAAAGGGAAAAAAAACAAUGAAGGGGAGCGCUACAAAGCUAUGUAGGAAAUGUGAGUAAAGUUGAGAAAAUAAGAGGAGGUAAUGAAAGGGAAUAAAAAGUCAGGAAAUACUUUUCUUGGGGUAAAUUUGAUCAGAUACGACGAUUUAACAUAUAAACCAAAUACACGCGUGUGGUCAAACGGCCGCUUGGACGAUUCGCUCGUCUGUACAACGCGUUAGGUGAGUGAACACUCCAGAUUUUUUUUUACGUAGAGAUCAGUGUUAAUUUCCUGUCUCACAUUCCAGUUCAGUCGGUGGCGCUAAUACGCCGUUAACCGCCAAUAAACUCCGAAGAAGUAGAAGAAGAAGUGGAACUCAACAUGGUUAAAAACAGUCGAAAUAAAGCUUCAGAAUUCUAUCAGCAGCAAACAGCAGAACAGAUUUCAAGGAGUCACCACAGCGGAUCUGUUCCACAUAUUCGAUUCGGCAUAGGUUUUACACCGGAUGCCCUUCCUGGAUACUCCUCCCCUCCUCUGGGCUUGGGACCGGCACUAAUAUAUAAGCCCAAAGCACAGACAGAAAUCUGUGAGCAGGAACGCAUCAGAGUUCCACACUUUCGGAGGGGAAAGCAAGAGUCCGAGACAGCUUACCUGCGGCGUAUGUCACAAGAAACACGGCAUGUUUUCUUUCUCGCCAAAAACCAGCCAGAGAGACAUCCGGAACGAUACCUAGAGGAGAAGGCAGCAACUUCAAACAGAGAGAUUAAAAAAAAAGAGUUUAAUAAACGAAGAUGGCUGCAUAAGAAAAAAGUCAAGCAACAGGAGUAUGUGGUAAAAGAUAAAGUACAGUUUGGAGAGGUUGCCAUGGCCCCUCCAUCACUGUCUGUCAAACCAAAGAAGGCUCCCGUGAAACCUCAGAGAGCAUCCAGUAGCCUCCUUCGGAGUUCUAUACUUGAUCACACUGAUGUCUCAACAGCUGCACCAUCCUUGGCAAGGCAGAAGAUAAUUGGGGAAGAACAUGAAAGGGUGGUCCAUGCUUACCGCCAACUGAAAAGGCAGAUACGAGAGCAAAAGGCGGGGAUAAACAAAUACUUAAACGCUCAAAAACGCACAAGGAAGUUGUAACUUUUUUUUUUUUUAAACAAUCCUGUAAAUUAAGAACUUAAUCAUUCUAUAGUAAGAAUGUUGCAUAUCGGCUAAUGGCACUACACAUGUUUGGAGUUUGUGUGUUCAAACAUUGCCAGUUUUUAUGUAGGCCUAAAACUAACUUUUUUAUUAGGUGUUUAGAAAGCAAAAGAACAUUCAUACCAUAUGGCUAAACAUGCUGACUAUUAUUAAAUAUACUGAUUUAAAACAAA